AUUUGUUUCUUGUGCUGGCAGAGAGGUGUUGCCAGUAGGGAUUAACGUGUUAUGAUUUUAUUUUGAAUUUAUUCUCCAUUUAUUUAUAAUGUGUGAUCCAUUCAUUUUUAGGAAAUAUUAAAAUGGUAGGUAUUUGACAGUGAUUAAAAGUUUUGACAAUUCAAGAAACCUGUACAGCCAAGAAACCUGUACAGCCAAGACAUGUCAAAGCUGAUCCGUAGCAGAACGUCUGAUUGCUUAAAGCUACACCAGAAACAUUAAAUUUUUAACGGCCGGCUGAUAACUAUGUCCGCUCUUACCUUACGGCUUUGAAAAAUCAGAAAAAAAAAAAAAGGUCAAGCUUCUAAUCGUUCAUCGACAGUUUCCAAACCUCCCUGUCUCGCCUCUCUCUCUCCCUCUCUCUAAAGCGACGAAAUCGCCAAACUUGUCAAUUAAAAUUUCACGCAUAACUGACGCGGCGCUUAUCAAGCGUUGUCUAUCAAUCAUGUGGUCGAAAUAAGGAGAGGAACACGGAUACACACGCACACACACACACACACAAAGUCAUAUCAUCGUAGAUGGAUUAUAGUGCACAAAGUUUAAUGACGUCAUUGGAUUCUUCUGUUCAUCGGCGAGGCAUACAUACCUCAACUGAAGCCAUAUACCAAGUGCUCACUGCGCUGUAAACCAAGCAUUCGACGUUUAAUGGAUUCUCGUACAUUGCCGUUAUUAUGAAAUUAUUAUUAGCUCUUAACAGGGCCAUACAUGUUUAUUCUUUAUUCCCCAAAAUUGCUUUAAAGUAACCAGAAUUUGGAGUUUCUGUAUUAGUAAAAAAAAAGAAAAGUGUGUCAAUAAUGAAAACUCUAUAAUAGAAACAUUUUGUUGGGAUACAAGUUCAAACUUCAAUCUAAGUUGCUGUGUGGCAGAACGCUAUGUGGGAAAUACACGGUCACUGCGGCCUGGCCAUGAAAUUCUCAGCUUUAAAAGAAAACUUAUUCGCCAUUACUUACUGUUCAAUAUUUGUGUGUAUUUCCUUUACAUGGGCGGCGCCGGCCACUGGGGUAGAGACAGCAACGCAAAUUGAACAAAGUCAAAAUGACCUGAAAGAAGUCAGCUUAAUUAUACAGAAACUUGAACAAGAAAUGGUGAGAGGUUACAAUACAUCGAGGACCACUGACAAACUCCCGAGUGAAGUGUUGUUUGAAGGUGAUAUCAGAUUGACAGCCAAAGAAGCCGAGAUGAUUCUGACCUCUUCCAGAAGCCGAAAGAAGAGAAAAAUGACAUCAGAGGAAGACAAGAAAUGGGCGCUUCCUAUUCCAUAUAGAUUUAACGACAGCCAUAAAUAUUUUCUCAAUGCGACAGAGAAGGCCGUCAUUCUGUCUGCAAUGAAAGAACUCACCGACCUAACCUGUAUCACGUUUCAAGAGGUCGGCCUGGACUAUCCCAACAAGCCGAUAUUGGACUUCAGAAAAGACGAAGGGUGCUGGUCAUACGUUGGUCGGGAGAAAGCCUUCCAGCUUCAAGAAAUCUCUACAGCUAAAGGAUGUUUUGAGAAAGGUAUUCUUCUCCACGAACUGGGUCACGCCAUUGGUUUUUGGCAUGAGCAGUCCAGGCCUGACCGAGACGAUUACGUCACUUACAUUGAAGACAACGUCAAGAGAGGGGAGGAGUUUAAUUUCAAACGGGAAAACUGGGGAGACAUGGACAACAUGGGCGUACCCUACGAUGUGGGCUCUAUAAUGCACUAUGGCUCAACGUUUUUUUCUCAAAAUGGACGUCCUACACUAGAAUCACGUGACCCGUUACUUCAAAGAGAUCUUGGCCAAAGAGAGGCCAUGUCGUUUUUUGACGUGAAGUUGGCCAACCUGGCAUAUUGUAAAGACUCUUGUCCUGCUGCCACAAUGCCCUGUCUUCAUGAUGGUUACCCUGACCCCAAAGAUUGCGGUCGAUGUCGCUGUCCAGAUGGUCUUAGCGGCACAGUCUGUCAAUCACCUGCUUCAUCUGUGGGGGCCAACUGUGGAGGACCUUUGUUCAUAGACAGUGGGGUGAGAUAUACAGUCAGAUCGCCUGGUUAUCCAUGGGCUUACGUGGGCAGCACACAGUGUAACUGGCACUUUCAGACUCGUCCAGGUAUGAGGAUACAUCUAGAGGUAAAACCAGACAACUUUAUGAGGCAUCUGGACUGUCCAGUCUCCAACUACUCUGUGUGCCAGGAUUAUCUGGAGAUCAAGUAUAAUUUAAGUUUCGGAUACACCGGGGCCAGGUUCUGUUGUGGCCUGGCGCCCCAGACUAAAAUAAUCAGCAGCGGUAAUGCUAUGGUACUCAUCUUUAAAACUAUAAGAAACGGAAUUGGUGGCUUCAGCGCUGAAAUUUUUGCAGAAUCCUGUGGAGGCUGCUUCGACGUUCCUUAUCCGCAGAAACCUUGUCACGUGGCCCAAGCCACCGCCUGCAGACAGGAAUGGUACAAGAUGGAGUUUGUACCAUGUCCAGUUUACAGCCCUUUGACAUAUGUCUGCAACAAAUAUUUACCUAGAAAACAUUCAAGGGCAAGUACUUGUGAAGUGGAAGUACAAAGAUGCUGCAAAGGCUUCUCUGUUAAAGGCGGAUUAUGCAUAGCUGAUGACCGUGUAGAGACAACGAAAGGUCAAGACAUAAAGGAAGUGGACACUACAAUGUUUGCUACCACCAGUGAGUCAACAGAAGAGCCCAUCACUGGAUGGACAAGCUGGACACAGUGGACCUCGUGCACAGCCACAUGUGGCGGCUGCGGAAGAAGGACAAGGUCUAGAGCAUGCAAGAGCACGCCGUUGUGUGGGGGAGAGCAGGCAGACAGCGAAACACAGGUGUGUAACACACAGCCCUGCCCCAACUACCAGGCCUACGCCUGCACCUCAAUUACCAAGGAGGAGUACAACUGUGGAUGGCUCAUUAACUGUUCCAGAACAAAGACAGAGAUCAAGCAAUGCGUCACACGCUGCUGUCCAAACUACGAAGACAGAAACGGGAUCUGCCAACCAGCGACAUCUAGCAGGAGAAAACGGAAAAGAAGAAAGUGAACUCAAGUCAAAUCAAAACAAAGUCAUGUGACGCAAACAAUAGUUAUAAAUAGUUUGUGAAAAAAAAGUAAAUUCUAUCAAAUGUGUUAUGGAAUGUUUUAGGUAUAAACCCAGAGCUCUAUUAUGUAAGACUUGAGAUGCUGCUCAAAUUGUAGCAACUCUUUUGUGAUUGAAUUGUAAAUUUUCUUAGUCUCCCCUUCAAGUUCAAUUUUUGAACAAAAUUUUUUAUUAUAAAGUUUGUGAUAAUUAUUCACAAUAUCAUUGACCAGCUUCAAGAUGUAUGACUGUUUUAUAUUUAUAGGCUCUAUACAACUUUAACAAGUAACGAACACAACACACUAUUAUGCGUUAUAAAUCUUAUUUUUUUUCUCCUCAAACUUGACAGUAACCAAAACAAUGACCUAGGGCUAAUGCUUAGAUUUUUUUCUAUGUACAAUUAUGUAUGUAUCAUAUAUUUCUGUUUUCGUCCUUUUACCCUUUAAAUAAUCUCAAGGUCAGGUCUUAACUUGUUUUUUUUUCAUUUUAUUUCUAACGAUCUUGUUAAAGUCUGCAUACCAAUCUCUUGUAGCUGUGACCAACACAUUGGCUUGACCUUUGUGUUAAUCGCUGUGUCUUAGUUUCUCUUUAGCUCCUUAUUGACCGGACAUUUUUUCGCCAUGGUCUUGACUAAUCCUGGGUAACAGAUCAGCAUAAAAUUCCAUGUCUGAGAUGGACGUCUUUAAAGUAUUUAAACUUAUGGGCACUUCGCCUCGUUUUCAUUUCACUAAUGGCCCCUUCCAUUUCUCUUCUGAAAACUCCACUCCAGUUAGGCAACCACCUUACUCGAGGCCAAUAGUUCUAGAAGGCCUAAACACAGACACGCAACGCUGCAACCUGUAGACCAAUAGUUCUAGAAGGCCUAAACACAGACACGCAACGCCGCAACCUGUAGACCAAUAGCUCGUUGCCACGUCACAUGUCUGACGUCACGAGGUCAAGUGUUCAGACCUUCUAUAAGGAUUGCUCUCGCCUGACUGGACUUUUGAAAGAAACGGCCUGGCCAGGGCGAAAAAGUUGGAGACGUCCUGGGAGGAAUCCGACUGAGCACGUUGUGUCUGGCAGCAUAUGCGUCACCCAGAUAGCGACGAUCCGUGGUGGCGGUUAAGGAGGUCAGAACAAGCAAUCAUUGCACAGUGUAGGGCUGAACAUUGUCCUUUUGGGGCAUACUUUGCCCGGUUUCGCCCUAACUAUGACUCCCGAUGCCGUCACUGUGGAGAGAGCGUCGAAAUAGUAUCGCAUAUCUUGUACGAGUGUCCCCAGCUCCGAGAGCCAAGGGGGGACGUAUCUAAGCAGUCACUCGACUUGUUUGGUAGCUACGAGGCAUUACUCCGAACGGACCAGUUUCUUGCACUACGGGAGGAUUGAGUCCUUCCUGCUCUGAUUUUUCAAUAGGAGUUCAUCUCAGGAGACCGUUGACUUGACAAACUUACGCACACCUUGCACCUGCACAAAGCGGCUCAUUGAUUGGGUACCUUGAGUCAUCUGAAAAAAAAGGCGACAUUGAUGGGGCAUACUGUGUGAGUGCAAUUAACACCUCGUAAGCCUUCAAACCCCAUCAGGACUAAAUUGACAAUAAUUACAUACUUGUAAAUACGAACACUUAAUGCAUUAAUAAGAAUAAACCUCAUUCACCAAUCGUUAACAAACACCAUUUAGCCGCGGGAUUCUCUAUCUCCUCUAUACAAAUUACGAAAUAUACUAAGGAUGUCACGGGAUAUGUUUUUUUUCGUUGUUUUAUCAAUAUUAUCACGUGGCUAAAUGUUGUUUGUUUACGAUUGGCGAAUGAGGUCCAUUGUAAAUGUUCUGUGUUAAAUGUACUGUACAAUAAGUAUUGAAUAGAAAAUAGUUUUUAUGCCCCAUUGCUAUUUAUUUUUUACUGUUUUGUAUAUUUUUUUUUAUUAAUAACUUUUUUAUGGAUGAGCCAUCAUUGUGAUAAUUAUUUGUGAUAAUUGUAUUAGUGUGUGUGUGUAUGUUGUAAAUAAAAAGAUUGGCAUAGAGUUAAAUGUGUUUAGGUGUAAAUUGCGAAGUUGUCUUCUCCAAAAGGUUUGAACUCUCUUUUUUUCCUCUACGAAAAUAGAUAAUAGUGUAGAUAACAAGACAACUGUAAUAACAAGAAGUAGUUUCACAUUUCUGUUGGAUUGAUGAAAGAUCAAACUGAAAUUGUGGCCAGUGAAAUUUACUCUUGUGAAGUGUCACCAAAGAAUGCCAACCAUGUUUCUCAAAGCUGCAUACUCUAUCGAGAGGUCACAUAAGAGUCUGGUCCCAAAAUAUAUAUGUGUGAUGGAAAUCUAUUUGUACAUCUGGUCUGAUAUGGAAACUACAGUUCAUCUCAGAUAUUGGUCUAGUCAUCGGAACAUAAUAAAUAAGAACACAGAAUCAAAAAAAUCAAUGUAUUUUGUUUUUUACUUGACCAAUAGACAUUCAAGCUGCUCAGGCUCGGACACUUGUCCCGCAUUGGGGAUGAUCGCAUGCCAAAAGCUAGUUGUUUUUGUGUGGCAGCGUAACAAAGGUUAUCCCCCCCCCCCCCGUUAGCACUAUAAAGAUCACCUCAGGCGCCAUUGACCCCAGGCGGACAACGGUUUUGUCUACAUCAGAUGUGGAAAAAUAUGUAGGUCUUGACUGGGUCUGCGUAGUCAUGUAAAAUAAUGCACUCAUCCUUAAACUUCGGAAUCGAAGACAUUGCCAGUUUCUACAUGUACGUGAACAUACGGUGCUAGAGACUUGACUAUUCUACAUACAUUUAUUUCCUCACUGCUCCACAGGGCGUUAUGUUCAGGAUACAAUGUAAACUAAAAGGAAACAAAUAACAAAAAAAAAAUGGUUGUUUUUUUUAAAGACAAUUCCUUCUUCGUGAACUUGAGGACCUUUCGUAAGAUAGAUUUCUUUGUUAGUCACAUCUAAUGAACGAUAGAAAAAUGCAUUUUUGUUUUACCAACACACCACACCCAACCUUAAAAAUAAUCCUGGUUACGCCAAUGCAUAACUAUUUCAAGAGUACAGAAAAUUGUAAUUCAAGAAUACUAAUAUAAAAAAAAAACAUUAUAAGACAGUAGUCUAUAUUAGAAUAGUUUUAGUUACAGAUAUGGUAUUGACAAUGUGUAUUAAUAAAUUGUAUAGUAUUUUAAACUCAUGUAUAUCGUCAGCACAGCUAAUAAAUUCUACACAUAGGACAGCGUGAAAAAUGUUUCUAGGCGUUUAUUUUUUUAAAGCCCUUAAAUGAAUACAUUCGGGAAUACCCUCUGAAGUGCCUGUAUUCAAAAUCAAAAGACGCAAGCCAAAUUUAAUUCUAUGAUACUUGUAUCAUGAAAAAUUAUAAUGGUCAAAUCAGAAUUUUCCCCGUCUGGCCAAAUCAUCUAAUAUUUUUUUCCAUAGGUUUACAUAAAAAGUCAAAUUUCUAGGAAAAUCAUUAAAGCGGGUUAUUAUUAUUUUUUAACCCAUGAAGAGUUUGCAAUCUGAUAAGAGGGAUUUGAACUUUGCUAAUGAAAAUGGGAAUAAAAGCUCACUAUGAUCAUCUGGUCAUUUAACUUAUAGAUGUCGACUAAAAUCUGAUCUAACAUUUAGAAGAGACCUUUAGACAUCGACAAAAUUUCUGGUACAAUCUAUCCAGAGAUCGUUAAGUUGAAUGAUGGUAAACAAAAAUUCUGACUUCUCUUGUUACUGGAUGGAGAACAAAAUAUAUAACGUUGUAUUUAGAUUAAUUUAAAUAAAAAUUAGUUGUUUUAUUUUUAGUGCAGGUGCAUUUCCUAGCUGACAAAUCGGCGUAAAUUUCAAGCAUUGUAAAUGUUUUUAUGUCUAAGAAAGUCUAAUCAAAAGAGUCAAUGACCCGGAACGUUAAUGAAUCCUCAUCAAGUUGUAGAUGAAGAUUUUGUUUUUUGCGACAUCUUGAAAUUUCCCAAACAUGACCAUCAAGCAUUGUCGUUACUCAGUGCUCAUCAAGUCACUGGCCAGCCACCAAGAUGUUAUCUUACACGCUGCACCUACUUGUUUAAAGUUUUCUCUUUCAUAUUGUUUACACAGGUAGAAGCGUGAUACGGAACUAUUACAAUUGCUAUGUAUUCUGUGUGAUAAGUAAAGUAACCUCUACCAGUUGACAUAAUGUUCCCCGUUUUCCAGAUGUCCAUGGCUGAAAUUUUGUCAAAUGAUGAUUGAGGCUAGCCGAGACCAGUCGUUACAGACCUGCGACGUUCGACCAUGUGGGCAGUGGAGACCAAUAGCUCGUUACCACGUCGUACGGACCUUUGACCUGGCAACGAGCUAUUGGUGUCCAUCGCCCACAGAUUGUGACGUUGCAGGUCAGUGGUUCAGACUUGCUAUGACGAUUGGUCUCGGGCUAGCCCAUGUUGAUUUGAGCUCAUGUGGAAUUUAGCAAUUUCAGCCUAGAAUUUGAAGACAAUACUCGCUUUGUAUAUAAUGCUAUUAUUAUUUGUUUCAAGCAUAGAUUUGUGAGAUGUGCAUAUUUUCAUGAAUAUAUUAUUAUAGUAGUGAAACAUUUGUAUAAAUAUGUGUCCAUAUUUAUGAACAGGCUGUCAAAUACGAUGUCAUUAAGCGGCAUUUAGAAAUAAACCCGUAGUUUGGAUAA